GGAGGCGGGUGGACGCGGUUCUCUCCGGAAGGGCUGUGGCUUCUUUAGCCCCGCCCGCCUCGGUAGCUGCCUGAAGUAGUGCAGGGUCUGCCGGCGAGUUGCAGGUCAUGGCCCUGGCCGCUCGACUGUGGCGCUUUCUGCCAUUGCGACGUGGAGCCGCCCCGGGGCCUCGGCUCCCUGCGGGGACUUCGGGCAGCCGUGGGCAUUGCGGCCGCUGUCGAUUCCGUGGCUUCGAGGUACCUCCGCGGUCCUGGCUCCAGCUUCCCACCUCCUACCCAGUAAUGGGAAACCCAGGAACUUUCAAAAGAGGCCUUUUACUCUCAGCUUUGUCUUAUUGGGGUUUUGAAACUUACCAGGUUAUCUCUCAGGCUGCUGUGGUUCAUGCCGCAGCCAAAGUUGAAGAAAUACUUGAACAAGCAGACUACCUGUAUGAAAGCGGAGAAACAGAAAAACUUUAUCAGUUGCUAACCCAAUACAAGGAGAGUGAAGACGCAGAGUUACUGUGGCGUUUGGCACGAGCAUCACGUGAUGUUGCUCAGCUUAGCAGAACCUCAGAACAGGAGAAAAAGCUAUUGGUGUAUGAAGCCCUAGAGUAUGCAAAAAGAGCACUAGAGAAAAAUGAAUCACAUUUUGCAGCUCAUAAGUGGUAUGCAAUCUGCCUUAGUGAUGUUGGAGAUUAUGAAGGCAUCAAGGCUAAAAUUGCAAAUGCGUAUAUUAUCAAGGAGCAUUUUGAGAAAGCAAUUGAACUGAACCCUAAAGAUGCGACUUCAUUUCACCUUAUGGGUAUUUGGUGCUAUACAUUUGCUGAAAUGCCUUGGUAUCAAAGAAGAAUUGCUGAAAUGCUGUUUGCAACUCCUCCAAGUUCCACCUAUGAGAAGGCCUUAGGCUACUUUCACAGGGCAGAACAAGUGGAUCCAAACUUCUACAGCAAAAACUUACUUCUUUUAGGAAAGACAUACUUGAAACUACACAACAAAAAGCUUGCUGCUUUCUGGCUAAUGAAAGCCAAGGACUAUCCAGCACACACAGAGGAGGAUAAACAGAUACAGACAGAAGCUGCUCAGUUGCUUACAAGUUUCAGUGAGAAGAACUGAGAACUUUUCAGAGAUGAUGUAUGAAACAGCUAAUAAACAUUGCCUUUUCAUUUAAUUAUAAAAAUAUAUGAAAUAUAACUGUUCUACGGCUUUUAAAAUGUUGUGACCAUUUAACAGUGUAAAUAUAAAAAAUUCUAGGCUUCUUCACAAAUAAUAAAGUAAAAUAAAUAAUUGCCAUAAGAGUGGUAGAAAUAAAUCUCCAUGGCUCAGGCAAAGAUUAUUUUGCAUCCUGGAUACCAGCAAUGCAAAAUGGUAUGAGAUUUCUAAGGAUUGAUCACAUUGGGAUGGGAGAUCAAGCAAAGAAAGCUUUGUAGAGGAGGGGAAAUGGAUCUAUAGGGGAUAUACAGGGGGAUGGAUUUUCAAGUUGGAUGGAUUCUAAGUUGAGAUCUUUGCAGAGAAGGUGUGGUAAAAGAGGUUAGGAUUUUGUGGUUUCCUGACAUAAAGUAGUUAAAUGAUGUAUCUUGGAGCUAACCUGUAUAAGGAAGGAAUUAAGUCAGGAGACGACUAAAAAUUGAGUGGUUUCCUUUUUUUUUUUUAUUUUUUUGAGACAGAGUCUCACUCGGUCAUCCAGGCUGGCGUGCAGUGGCACAAUCUUGGCCCACUGCAGCCUCCGCCUCCCCGGUUCAAGUGAUUCUCCUGCCUUAACCUCCUGAGUGGCUGGGAUUACAGGGUUGUACCACCACACCCGGCUUUUAUAUUUUUGGUAGAGAUGGGGUUUUGCCAGGUUGGCUAGGCUGGUCUCAAACUCCUGGCCCCAAGUGAUCUGCCCACCUCGGCCUCCCAAAGUGCGGGGAUUACAGGUGUGAGCCACCACGCCUGGCCAGUUUCCUCUAAAUGUGGUGUAUAGUCUCAUGGUAGACUGAAUUUAUCAGACACACAAAGCUCUAUUCCCUAAUGGAAUGGAAGGAACACAAAACUUAAGAGUGAAAUGGAAUACUAAGAUGUUUUUAAAUAGGCAGGACUAUGCUACUCACUUGAGGCUGGAAUGCCACCACUGCAAAAUCUUUUUAAGUUCUGUAAAAAGGAGUAUCAUCUUGAAUCCACUUGGAUAAAGAGAGAUUGUGUGUAGGUGGAUUUUUCCCAAAGGAUUUGGAAAUUGUAAUGUUACAAUGAACUGUAUGGAUAUGCUUAUCAUGUACAUUUUCAAACAAAAAGGAAGACCGAAAGUAGUGAUCUUUGUACACCCAUCUCAGAUUCAACGAUUCUGCUAUAUAGGUUGUGUAUCUCUUAUCUGAAAUACUUGUGACUAGAAGCAUUUUGGAUUUGGGAAUUUUUUCAAAUUUUGGAAUAUCUCCAUACACACAAUAAGACAUCUUGGAGAUGGGAUCCAAGUCUAAACACAAAAUUCACUUGUUUCAUAUAUACCUUAUGCACACAGCCUGAAGGUAACUUUAUAUAAUUUUUAAAAAUAAUUUUGUGCAUUGAGACAAAGUUUGCAUACAUUGAACCAUCAGAAAGCAAAGGUGUCAUCUCAGCCACUCAUGUGAUCAAUUUGUGGUUUGAUGUCACCAUCAUUCCUGACUGAAUUUAUAUGCUACCAAUAAGCAGUUACUAUACUUAUUCCUGCAUAACUACUUAACGGUAAAAAAAAAAUGACAUAAUUCGCAUAGGAACAAAGAUGGCAAAAAAAAAAAAAAAAGACAUACCAUUGAUGCAGUGAAAAAAUAAUGUGGUCAGGGUAGCUAGGCAACAGUAGCAUCACCAGAAACCUGUAUCAGCUGUUUAACGGCAGCAACAAACAAUGGCAGGCUUUCAGUCUCCCGCUUAUGAUGCUGUAUUUUAAAAGGUUAUUGUAUACUGUAUUUUAUUUUUGUAGGUGAGGAGAAACAGAAGCAGUUGAAGGGCCAGAAGUGGGUCUUUCUAGGGAUGUGGUGGUAUUCUGCUGGAUGGCUUUUUAAAAUGGGUUUUUUCCUGUAGGGAAACUGAAAAAACUGUGUUGUGCACCUGCAUUUUGACUGUGACCUGUUACAUGAAGUCAGAUGUGGAAUUUUCUACUUGUAUCAUCAUUUUGGCACUCAGAAAGUUUUGAAUUAUGGAGCACGAAUUUCAUGUUUCAGAUUUUUGGAUUCAGGGAUGUUCAAACUGUAUUUAUAUGUAUGUCUGUGUGUGUACAAACACAUACAUUUCUAAACCUUUUGAAAUUAAUUGCAAGCAUCAUAAUAGUUCACCCCUAAAUGUGUCAGCAUGCAUUUUCUCAGAAUAAAGACAUCUUCCUGAACAAACACAAAACCAUUAUCACAACUGGAAAAGUUAACAAUGCUCUAACAUCAUCUAAUAUCUACCCAUAUUCAAAUUUUCUCAAACGUCCCCAAGAUGUCUCAUGCCUCUUAAAAUCAGGAUCCAAAUUGCAUUUGAUUUGUUGCUUAUCUUUCAAUCUAGAACAGUUCCCCAUUUUUUUCUUCUUGCAACAUUGACUUUUUGAAUAGGCCAGUCCAUUUGUCAUAGAUUCUGUCACAUUCCAGAUUGGCCUAAUUGACCACACCUUGAGAACUGCUGUUCCAGCUUAUUUCCAGGACUCAAAUUAGUUCUAUUAGAUCUUUGCCUGACUUUCAUAUUUAUCACUUACUGAUUUUUCUUUUAGCCUUUUUGUUUCAUUUUCUUGGCUCUUUUCAUUUAUAUCUUCCAUAUCCCUUAUUUUACUUUUGGUUGUAUCUCUUCUUCCUUAGAUACUUUAUAAUUGCCUUCAUGUCUGAUAUGUUUGUCUUUUUCUCUGAAUGUUUUUCCUGAUUUUAGCCAGUCAUUCACAUCUGCAUUUUGUUUGUCCAGUUCUGAGUUUUUAAGUUGCUAUUUUGGAUUUUUAAAAUAUCUAAUAAUUUAAUUCCUAUUAGCAUAUUGUGUUAAAGUUUACUUUUUUCUCAUUUUCAGUUUUCUCUUUAGUGAUUUUAUUUUUUUCCCUAGGGAUGUAAUUUUAUGUUGAGUUACCAGCAAUACUAAGUCAUCAAAUGGGAGGAAAGGGUCUGGGUUAGUUCAAGAAUACUUUCUGCUAAGUUGUUUUUUGUGAGAUCAGGUAUCAUUCAGUAAUAAAGCUUUUUAUGGAGUGAGGUUUUACCUCCUGAUUCCUUAUUAGAACUUUAAAAAAUAUUUUUACUUUCAAAUAAUUAUACAUUCACACACUAAAAAAAAAAAAAAAAAAAAGGUCCUGUGUACCCGUCUCUCAGCCUGUCCCAGUGCUAACAUCUCAUAUAACCUAAAGUACAAUAGCAAAGCCCAGAAACUGACAUUGGUACAGACCACAGACCUUAUUUAGAUUUUACCACUUUUAAAUGCUCUUGUGUGUAUAGUUGUAUGCAGUUCUAUCACAUGUAGAUUUUUGGUAACUGCCACCAUAAUCAAGAUACAGACCUGUUCCAUCAUCGCAAAGAUCCCUAGUGCUGUCCCUUUAUAGUCACGCCCAUCCACCUCCUCUCCCCCACCCAUCCCUAGCUCUGACAAGCACUAAUCUGUUCUUCAUAAUUUUAUUUCAACAGUGUUAUACAAAUGGAAUCAUACAGUGAGACCCUGUGACACUCUUUUUUUCACUCAGCAUAAUUCCCUUGAGACCUAAGUUCUAUCAAUAGUUUGUUCCUUUUUAGAGUUGAUUAGUAUUUAAUUGUAUGGGCAUACCAUAUCAAUCAUAUGCUGAGGGGCAUUUAGGUUAUUCCUGAUUUGGGGCUGUUACAAAUCUGCUAUGAGCAUUAUAUGCCGGUUUUUAUGUCUACAUAAAUUCUCUCUCUCUGGGAUACAUGUCCAGGAGUGUGGCUACUGGGUCCUUAUCUUCAUUUUUUCCCUUUACUCUCUGAGGGUUAGGUUUCUUCUGCAAGACAUGGUGCCUUCCCAAGAUUCUAAUUAUGUGCACUAAGUCGCUUCCACUUGACUUCCCAGGAGCCUGAUUCCCCACAUGUCACAUUGGUUCUUGAUCUUUCCCCACUAAGGAUGAGACCCACUACUGAGAAGGAACCCCAGGAAUCCCUUACUCCUUCCCCUGCAGCCCCCACCUGAUUCUGUUCUUGUGUGGAUUCCAGAGCUGACUGCUGGAUGGAGAUGCUUAUUUCCCCAUAUACAUGUAUAUAGAAGUUGGUAGUACUCUGUCUUCUAAGCGUAUUACAUACACAGGCUAUCUCUCUCCUUUAUAGAUGUUUCCUUCCUUCCUUUUGAGGAUGUGAGUAGAAUACUGAUUUUGGAAAGUGGCCAUGAUCCUAUAAGAAUGUAAAAGUCCUCAAUUUCUUGAUGGCCAAGUUAUCUCAACUGAGUUUUUAAUCACGGGCUGUGUACUAGCUGUGGAUGUUGUAAAAAUGUCUUCCCUCAUACUCACUUUCCUCAUCUAUAAAAAAAGCACCAUUAAAGACAACCCCACCAAUUUCAUGGAAUUGUAAGGAUUAAAAGAAUAAUUUAUGUAAAGGAUUUGCCAUGAAUACCAAUAAAUACAACUACUAUUACCUCUGAUUUUGUUCUUGAUUGAUAAUUGAGGAGAGAAAUUUUGGAAUUUAGGAGAUACCACUUUUGGACUUAGAUCAAAUCCCCAGUUGACCUAAAGCUUGGCUUUUAAGGCCAACUAAGUGUUACAGGACAACUUUUAUUUGCGUAUUUCAACAAAGGAAGAUUUUUACUUCUGCAUCAUCCACCAAUCUUCUUAGGUUCAACCAAACAUUCAGACUUAACAAGUCUACAACAGGCUAUAUUUGGCACCAAUUUACUCAGAAGGCUCUAGGACAGGAACCACAGCUCACCAGCAGGACAAUUUUGAACCUCCUUUUCAGAAGACAAUAUUCUAACAGCAAUGCAACGGUAUCUCCCCAGGUGACAGCUCAGGGUCCUCCUUAAAGGACAUGCACUUACAAGACUUUUCCACUCAAGUAUGCCCAAAGCUGUGGCUUUCUAUCAUGUAUCUGGAGAUUUCCCAGUCCAGAUGCAACUUACCAGUCCUAGGGGUCAUACUUAAACUCAAAGUUGCCUGGCAAUACAUCCUAUUUAGUUGUCAGGGUAGGAAGAGGUAGGUAGUUAACAGAAAUCAUCAGGGGGAAAGGUUUUGUUAACCUUUUCAUUUUCAACUACUUGGGAAGUAUGGGGGUGAGGGGGGGAACCCCAAACACUGGUAAGCUGCUUUCCCUGGAAGACAAAUAGCUAAACUGAUCUAAUAGACACAAUUGUAUUGGGUCUGUGAUCUAUUCCCUGGACUAUUUACUGGUGGUGGGGGCGGGUGAGUCAUCAAAAUGAAGUAGCAGUAUAAACCUGUCUCUGAGCCUCCCUUUUGUCUGUUUCCUCAUGAACUGCACAGAGAGUCUUGCACUCCCUAAUUUCGUUCUGGUUGGUCCAGCUGGGAAGGGAAGAAGGGGAGAAGGUGAGUGAGGGACCAUAUUUCUACAAUUUUUCCGACUGCUACUGGGUAGAUAAAUCAAGACAGCUCUGCCUGUAGGUCUUGGAUAUCUAUAACUGGGUGUGAAAAGUGGAAGACCCUGAUGAAUUCUCCAAAACAAAGCUGGUUUGGUCUCUUGUAGGGUUCUGUGUAGCCUCACCUGGUGCAUCGUAAUUUCUUACUUGAGGAGGGAGACCAGCACCCUGAAAACGAACUGGAAAGCCACCUUCUUUAGUCAAAUCUGCUAAAUCAUACCUCCAAUGAAUGAUAUUCAAUAACUUCUGUCAUAGCAAAAUUUAUACAGCAGUGGUACCAUUUGUAAUUCUAAUACUUAACUCUUAUGGUAUAAUUAAGGCAGUCCUUUUUGAAGACCAGUUACCCUCUAUCACAUAACCUGUCACAUACAUUAGAAUUUUUUAAAGAUUCUUUAGGCUUGAAAAUAACCAGAGUGUUCAUAAUUCGGAUUUGGAAAAGGAGUCUAUUCAGCCAAGCAGAUCACUGCCUUUCUUUCGCCUUUACUAUGAUUUCUGAAUAAAAUGCAGAACACACUCUCAGUAUGUAGAAAAAUAAAAUUUUGGCAAAACAAUAA